AUGAAGUUAAAGCAACAAGAAAAAGUUAAAGUAGAAGAAUAGAAAAAGUAGAUUAUAGAUAUAGAAAAAUAAAGAAUUCAGAAUGAGCUUACAAAUUAAAUUUCGUUUGAUGAAAAUCACAUAAAAGAGCAUCUUAAGAAAAUUAGUGAACCUUAACAAAAUGUAUCUAGAUUUUAACAAUAAAAUGAAGAAGCAUAAAGAUAACAAAUCAGUAUUUUAAAGGGAAUUAUAGCACUAUUUCUUUUAGAGAAAAUUUAAGAGUAGGAACCAGAGUAUAUUCAAAAGCUUAGAAGUAAUUAAGCUCUGUCUACAUCUGAAAAAAGAGAAUGCCAAAGAUAUUACCAUGAUAAGGAGUUGAAAUAUUUAUAAACUAAAUAGCUGUGUGUACCUGGAAGGGCUACAUUUGCAAAGCUAAUAAAUUUAUACAGAAAUAAGAAAAAUGAAUGCUUUUCGUUUAAUUAUUGUCCUGGGAAAUUCAACUAAUACCAAGAUGGUGUGUUUGAUCGGUGUGGCAAAAUGAAUCCUUUUAUAUUGUGGGAUUAAGUAGUAACUGAGAGAAUGAUCGAGAAAGAUCUCACAAUGUUUAUGAAACAUUAUGAGAUACCACUAUUUGAAGCACCACAAGAAGCAUACAUAUUGAUUAAUGGAUUUUUUUAGGCUAAAUAUGCCAUGUUUUAUUGCAAUACACCAUUCGGUGUAGCUGAUUUUGAUCCAGUAAUGAUAUCUAAAUGGGAGAAGUCCCCCAAAUAGCUGUACUUAGUGCUCUUGGAGACAGGGUGA